GUCGUCGAGUGCGUUUGGUUCGCUGGAACGUCGGCAGUCCGGCAGAAAAAUACAAGAAAAACCCCAGCCUCUAAAAAAAAAAAUACAAUAAAAAGCUAAGAAAACACAAAACUAAAAUCUCUUUUUCGAGAAAAGAGUAAGAGUUCAGCUUUGAUCAUCACGAAAUUUUGUGUGCGCAGUCGUCAUCGCGGUCGCCGUUAUGCAAUUCGAAGUGCGUUCAUAAAAUGAUGCCCGAGAUAGCAACAAUUUCGAUUUAAUUAAUUUCUUUUUUCGGGGGAAUUAGAAAUUUGUGUGUGCGAGUUUAAUAGACGCAUAAAUAUACUGUUUCGCCAAAUUGCUUUCGUUGCCGUGCGUUCGCUUCUCGAUGUCAAAAUUAAAAUGCCAAAUUAAAUAUUAAAAUUAUUGCAAACUCGUUUCCCCAACGCCGACAUAGCAGCAGCAACAACAACAAGGCCGAAAAAGUGAAAUUAAUAAAGUGAAAAGAGCACCAACGCGAAAGGAAUUGAAAUUGUAACACAAAGGCAAUUACAAAAUCAAUAUAAAUAAUAAUAGAAAAUCAUUGUUACAGCAUAUAUCAAGUAAAGUAAACUAAAGAAAUAAAUUAUAGCCAGAGAGAGAUAUAACAACAGUUAGGGGCAAACACUUUUCCUCGAACGCAGCUCUCUGUCGUCGGGCCUGCGAAUACGUAAUCAUUGGGAAAAUAUCAGCAAUUUUGCAACAGUUUCGACACAACAACAACAAUAACAACAGCUACAACAGCGGCAACACCAACAACUGCAGCAGCAGCAGAGGCAGCAGCGGCAGCAAAAACAAAAGUAAUUGAGCAGAAAGAGGACAGAGACCUCGAGAACAGCACACAAGAUGGUGUCGCGCCGAAAAAUUCUAUCACGUUCCCGCGAUGAUCUUAAUCUUGACCAGACAUUUACCCAGCAGGAGGAGGAGGAGGAUGUCUGGUAUCAAAAGGAUAAACUAUACAAGGAACACAUUCAGGAAGUCCUGGACAAGUGGACCCAAAUCGACGAUGAAAUCUGGGCCAAAGUAAUUGUCUUUGAGCGGAAUCGGCGCGUGGCUAAGGCAUAUGCACGUGCUCCGGUGCUGACCAUUAAUGGAUCCGACGAUGGCUUCGACGGCAUGCGAAUUGGGCUGUGCGGCUUCGACAAUCCGAUGAGGGACCGGAAGACGGACGAGCUGAAGCGCGUCAUCGGGCAGGGCGUCAAAAUCAAGAUGGACGAUGCUGGCAACAUACUCAUCCGGCGGUACGCCAAAAGCAAUGUCUAUGUGAAGAGCACCGCCAGCAGUCCCAACGAGGAGACCUCCAUCGGUGCCGAGAUCUUAAAGCUCCCCAAUCAGGCGCUCGAAUCCGAAAAAAUAGUCAAGCUCUUCGACAUGAAGAAGUUCCAGUCGAAUGUGAAUCGCGAGCUGCAGCGUGCCUAUCCGGAUCGCCGGCGACUGGAGACGCAGUGCCUCUCGACGGUGGCGUUUGUCAAGUCGGAGAACGAUGUCUUGGAGUGCCCCAUUUGGGUGCUUAUUGUCAAUGUGGUGGCCAUGGAUAUGCUGAAGACCAAGCUGCCGCCAGUGCAACGUCCCAUUGUGGACAUCAAGAACCGCCCGCGUAUCCCGAUUCCCGACGAGGAUCCCUACAGCGUGGCAGGCAAUGGCAGCGGUGGCAGCUCUGGUAGCUCAGGCUUUGGCAGUGGCCAUCAGGCGCAACUGCAUCCCCAGCAGCAGCUGGGCAAGCACAUGAAUGGAAAUGGAGGCGGUCAUGUGGCUGCCACGCGGGAACAGCUGCUUCUACAGACGCAACAACUGGCCCAUAAGCGCAGUGAGAAGCCUCCAAAGCUACCGCCAAGGGAUAAUGUCUAUUCGCAUGAUCUGAUUCCAAAGCCGGAUUACGAUGACAUUGAUUUGGAAACGCGCAUCAAACUGUCGCGGGGUAAAUCGGACAAGGGCAAAGAUAACAAGAAAUAUGAUGAUCCUUACUACUGCGGUCUGAGGGCUCGAGUUCCGAACUUUGUCAAGUCUGGAAAGCCAUCCAGCGCCAAGGAUCAGCGCGAUGGCAAUGGAAACAACAUCAGCAACGGCGGCAUGAGCACACUCAGCCAAAAGAAGACCUCGAUGACCCACAACCAUUUGGCGGGUAUGCAUCCGCAUCACAUCCAGCAGCAGCAGCAUCAGCAGCAGCAACUGAUGGCCGCGGCAGCGGCUGCCCAUGCGGCGCAGCAUCAUCAGCAGCAGCAGCAGCAUCAUCAGAUCUGGCAGACGCGCAGCUACGAGAGCGGCAUAGGUAUUUAUAAACAGGGUGGGCCCAGCUCCACCAAUGCCACGCCCAUCCAACAACACAAAUCGCACGCACAGCUGCAGCAACUGCAACUGCAACAACAACAACAACAACCACAGUCACUGCCAACGGACCUAACAGCCACUCUUGCAACAGUAACAGCCACUGCCACUGGCAAGACACACAGCACAGCUCACAAAGCACGCAGCCACCUGCAACAGCAGCAGCAGGCGCAGCAGCAUCAGCACUUGCAUCCACAUCCGCACCCGUUUCCGCACGCACAUCCACACCAUAGACACCACCACCAAAGGCAUAGCCACCAAUGUGAGAGGCACUCCCGCGCCCAGCAGCCACUGCAGCAUCAUGUCCAGCAUCAGUCUCUGCAGCCCCAGCCGUAUUACGACAAUCUAGAGGACUCUGUGGGUCGUCAGGUGUCACGACGCCUGUCCACGCGCCGCCCACCGCCGGCGGAGAGCACCUCGUCCUGCAAUUGCGUGAGCUGCUAUGCUCUGGCUCCGCUCUGCGGAGCAGUUCCUCCGCCACGCCCGCAAAGGAGUCUCAGCCAGCAGCAGUUGCGACGCCACCAGAGGCUAAGCGGGAGUCUGGUGGAGCCAGUGGAACUAGUGGAGCGGCCAACGGGUGUGACCAAGUGGUGCAGCGAGAGCGAUGUCUCGGUGCUGGAGCUGGAGCCUGCAGCGAACGAGCGAUACGAUGACUGCUACGAAUACGACGACUUCGACCUGGACUUUGACUUGGACGACGACCUGGGCCUGACCAAUCAACCGCGACGACGCCGGGGUACGGAGACCGUGGACCUGUAUGUGGACCGCGCCCAACUAAGGCAACUCCAGACGCCGGCGGUGCUGCGACACAAGUCGCAGUCCACCGAGAGCUUUUUCGAGCAGCCGAACGAGGAGGGCUCCCUGUACAUGUACGGCGGCAGGAAGCGCAUUGCGGUGAAGGCGCCGUCGGCGGCCAACAUCUAUGACCGGGUGCGCGGCUCCACGGACUCGGACAGGGGGCACGGGCACCGGGCCAGGCCCAGUGGCAGGCUCAAUUUGGGGGCCAGGAUGCAGAGCACCAAGCAGCAGCAGCAGCAGUUACAGCCACAGCUGCCAGCUCCCAGUUGGCGCGGCGGCAAGCGACAGGAGCAGGCUCAAAACGCUGACAAAAGACAAAGAUAUGACAAUGCCACCAGCAGCAACAACAACAACAACAACAGCAGCAGCAACAAGCAGCACAAAAGACAGCUAACGAACGCCACGAAAGACAAUGACGACAUGUUGAAAAGCAAAAAUUAUUUCAAUAGUAAAAACAAAAGUAUAGCAACAGCAGCAGCAGCAGCGAAAGCGACAGCAGUCGCAGCAGCAGCAUCCGCUGCAGGAGGAGGUGGAAAAUCGAGGGGAGGAGGAGGCGGCAGUGGUGGCGGCAACCCAACAAUGUCCCCAACAUUGGCCACCAGCCCAGCAGCCGCGAACAAUGCUCCGGUCAGCGGCGGACUGGCUUCGCCUCCACCUCCUCCUCCGGCGGCCGCCACCAGAACCGGGCGCAGUGCCAGCCGCCUUGACAUCAGCGACAUGGAGUCCAUUUAUGGCUACCUGAAGCCGCGCAAGCCGCGCAGCCUCAGCCUGAAGAAAAUCCAAAUACUCGACUACUGAAGUCGUAAGGGGUUGCUCUAAAUCGAAACGAGGUUAUAUGGCACAGACAUCAUCGCUAUUAGUUAUUUUUUUUUUUUUUUGUUUUGGUUUGCCCUGCCCCCCGUUUAUGGGUCGGAUCGGAUCCUGUUGCUGUACAUACAAUAUACCUGCCAAACGCAUAAUGGUUACCUCUUACUCUUACCCGGUGAACAGAACCACACUAAACUGUACGAAACCUACUAACUCGGCGCACCUUGGACUCCUUGGACAGUCACGAAAAUCUAAACGCAAUUUGUACAUAUACCAAAGAGAGGAGAGGGAGUCCUUUGAAUCCUAGGGUAAAGGAAAGUAAUCUUAGAACAAUUAGUUGAAAUUAGUUGAUUAAAUUAAUUAUAUUGGAAAUCAUCUAAAUAAAUUUAAAUAAUAUUUAGGAUGAUAGAAGAGUUGAACAAGGAAUAGCUGAUUAUUUACCAAGGUUAUUCUAGAAAUUAUUGGUUAAAUCAAGUUCGAAACAAGCUUAAUACAAUCUUAAACGAGGAAGAAAUUGUACUUUGUGUAGCCGAGUAUUUUUAGCUUUCCAAAGAUUACUUUACCACCCCUACUGAUCGAUCGACCCUUCUUUCUCGCAUAUACACACAUAAUCGCAUAAACAUAUAUCCCCUAAGAUUGCCCCCAUGCAAUCGCUUUGUAACCGUGUAUAUCUCUAUG